AUGGCCCUUGACACUCUAUACCAGUGGGUUUACCCUCUGAAGCCUCAAGAGCGCAAAAGGACCAAACAAAUGCACAUACUUUGUCUGGGCCUACCAAGAACCGCCACCGACUCUCUGCGAGUUGCUCUCACCACGCUUGGAUACAAUUACGUCUACCAUGGAUUUGACCACAUUGCCGAUGCCCGUGAUUGUGUGAAUUGGGUUCAUCUUUGGUCCCUUAAAACUUCAGGCAAGCCGAUUACACGUGGCGAUUUUGAUCGUGUCAUCGGCCACUGCGAGGCAGUGACAGACGCGCCAGCAUGCGAGUUCGCUGAGGAGCUGAUCAAAGCCUACCCCGAGGCGAAGAUCAUUAUCAACUACCGUGAAGAUGUGGAGGCAUGGCAUCGCAGCGUCAUCAACUCGUGGAGCACGGCGGAGAAGCGCGCCGGAUGGGUUCACCCUCUCCUCGUGUGGUUUCACGCUAGGAUGUUCUGGGUCAACGUGAACGAGCAUCGUCUGACUUACGGGGGGCUGUGGAGGGGGGACUACAGGAAAUAUGCAAAAGACACAUACCGCGAUCAUUACGCCAUGCUCAGAGGUCUCACCAAAGACAUGGGAUCUGACAAGGUGCUUGAAUUCAAAGUACAGGAUGGCUGGGGGCCACUCUGCAAGUUCCUCGGCAAAGACAUCCCUGAUGAGGAAUACCCGAAUAGGAAUGCACUGGAAGAGGUCGUGGCGAAAGUACUCGAGAGUCUCAUGCAAGACUCCGCUAAAGCUUGGAAGAAUCUGGCAUUGGCGCUAGGGGUGAUUGUUACUGGGGCGGCGACGUUGAUUUGGAAGGUGAAAUCUUAG